UUAAUUUUUUAAAAUUUUUCACAAAAAAUUUAUAUUUCUUUACUCUCAUAUGAUCAUCUAUCAAAAUUUUACCCAGAAAAUUUUUUAUAAAAAAUUUCUUCAAACAAAUCAGUCGGAAUUAUUCAAGAAUAUGAUUCAAGAAUUUUCCAAAAUAAUUCCAGUAGAUGAACAGAGGUUAUCAACAAGUGGUAUAUGGAAAAAUGAAGCUAAAGGUGCAAUUGAACUGAGCUCACGAACAAUAUUUGAUGAUCUAAGCACCUUGAUCAAAAAAAAAGGCUUUAGAGCACUUUCAAAUAAUGAAUAUACUUCAUUAAUUGAAAGUGCAUCUUUUAUAAUGACCCGAGAUCAUAUUAAAGAAUUUUAUCCAUUGAUCAUAAUAUUUAUUAUAUUUAUUGUAAAUCUAAUAAUAUUAUAUUUUUUGGCACGUUGGAAAAACCCUGAAGGAAGAAACAUUGCCAUAUUUGAGACUGCAUUAAUAAUGCAAAGAUUUUGGUGUGGAGUAGUUAAAAAUACUCCACACUUAAUAGGUGUGGAGUUAAAAAUACUCCACAUUUAAUAAUUCCAACGUAAGAAAUUUUGUUUAAUAUUAUGUUAUUUUUAUUAUUUUAAAAGUUAAUUUAAUUAAUUUAUUUAUUAUUAUUUAGUAUGGUAUUUCUUAUUGUACCACAUUACCGCAAUUUCUUAUUGGCUAUAAAUAUUCUUUUGUCUGAAGUAGCUACGAAUCCAACGUUCUUUACUUGGAUUCGGAGCUUCCAACACUAUUGUCAAUUUGUACAUAUUCAAUAGUGUUGUG